AUGAUUUUACGCCUUGUUCGCACCAUGUCCACCAAAACUACAGUCGAUAACUUUUCAAUCCACGGAAAUGCGGUUUCAGAGGUGUGCGAUAUACCACUUUCAGUCGUAAACCGACCAAUUCCCUCCCAGCUCGACCGUGCAAAGGUCGAGGAGAUGAAGACGAUUUUACAGACUGAUACUAAAAAAGAUGAUCUGACACCUAUUGACAUUCAUCAUGUCGAGUACAAAGGACAAGAUUACUAUUUUGCGUUUGGUGGUUGCCAUCGAUGGGCUGCUCACAAAGAGUUGCAGAAGGAAACUAUUAAAGGGAAAUUAAUUAGUACACCACCAAGUGUAAUCAACACAUAUCUUGGCUCGUCUUCUCCAUUUAGGGAGACUUAA